CGCCGCGGUGCGAUGAUGGCGGCGGCAGCGGCCAGGGGAGGCGGCGGCGGCGGCGGCGGCGGCGGCGGCGGCUCGGGCUCGGGCUCGGGCUCCGGCGCCUCGCGGGGUUUCUAUUUCAACACGGUCCUGUCACUGGCCCGCUCCCUGGCCGUGCAGAGGCCGGCAUCCCUGGAGAAGGUCCAGAAGCUUCUGUGCAUGUGCCCCGUGGAUUUCCAUGGGAUCUUCCAGUUGGAUGAAAGGCGGAGAGAUGCGGUGAUUGCACUGGGCAUUUUCCUCAUUGAAUCAGAUCUGCAGCACAAAGAUUCUGUGGUUCCUUACCUUCUUCGACUUCUGAAAGGUCUUCCAAAAGUGUAUUGGGUAGAAGAAAGCACGGCUCGGAAAGGCAGAGGCGCCCUCCCGGUGGCCGAGAGCUUCAGCUUCUGCCUGGUCACCUUGCUGUCUGACGUGGCUUACAGGGCGCCUGCCCUCAGGGACGAGAUCCUAGAGGCGCUCCUGCAGGUUCUGCAUGUCCUCUUGGGAAUGUGCCAGGCCCUGGAGAUUCAAGAGAAAGAGUACCUCUGCAAGUACGCAGUCCCGUGCCUCAUAGGAAUCUCCCGUGCGUUCGGGCGCUACAGCAGCACGGAGGAGUCCCUCCUGUCCAGGCUCUUCCCCAGAGUCCCCCCGCAUUCCCUCCGCAUCCCCGAGGAGCUAGAAGGCGUGCGGAGGCGGUCCUUCAACGACUUCCGCUCCAUCCUCCCCAGCAACCUGCUGGCGGUGUGUCAGGAGGGCACCCUGAAGAGAAAGGCCAGCAGCGUGUCCAGCAUCUCGCAGGUCAGCCCUGAACGAGCGGCGCCCCCUCCCAGCUCCCCCGGAGGAUCCACCUUUCACUGCUUCGAAGCCUCCUGCCUGCCCGACGGCAGUGCCCCGGAGCCCGACUACUACUUCUCCACCGUCAGCUCCAGCUUCUCUGUGUCUCCUCUUUUCAAUGGCGUCACCUACAAGGAGUUCAGUAUCCCCCUGGAGAUGCUGCGGGAGCUCUUAAACCUGGUCAAGAAGAUCGUUGAGGAGCCUGUUCUCAAGUCCCUGGACGCAGUGGUCGCCAGCGUGAUUGAGGCCAACCCCAGCGCCGACCUCUACUACAGCACGUUCAGCGACCCCCUCUACGUGGCCAUGUUCAAGAUGCUGCGGGACACCCUGUACUACAUGAAAGACCUGCCCACCUCCUUCGUGAAGGAGGUCCACGACUUUGUGCUGGAGCAGUUCAACGCCAGCCAGGGGGAGCUCCAGAAGACCCUGCAUGACGUGGACCGCACCCACAGUGAGCUGAGCCCCCUGAAGCUGCGCUGCCAGGCCAGCGCCGCCUGCGUGGACCUCAUGGUGUGGGCCGUGAAGGACGAGCAGGGUGCAGAGAACCUGUGCGUCAAGCUGUCUGAGAAGCUGCAGUCCAAGACGUCCAGCAAGGUCAUCAUCGCGCACCUGCCCUUGCUUAUCUGCUGCCUGCAGGGCCUGGGCCGCCUGUGCGAGAGGUUCCCGGUGGUGGUGCACUCGGUGACGCCGUCUCUGCGGGACUUCCUGGUGGUCCCAUCCCCCGUGCUGGUGAAGCUGUACAAGUGCCACAGCCAGUACCACACAGCUGCCGGCAACGACAUAAAGAUCAGCGUAACCAACGAGCACUCCGAGUCAACGCUGAGCAUGGCGUCGGGGAGGAAGAGCCAGCCGUCCAUGUACGAGCAGCUGCGGGAUGUCGCCAUUGACAACGUCUGCAGGUGCCUGAAGGCCGGCCUGACGGUGGACGCGGUGAUCGUGGAGGCCUUCCUAGCCAGCCUCUCCAACCGGCUCUACAUCUCCCAGGAGAGCGACAAGGACGCGCACCUGAUCCCCGAGCACACCAUCCGCGCCCUGGGCCACAUGGCGGUGGCCCUGAGGGACACGCCCAAGGUCAUGGAGCCGAUCCUGCAGAUCCUGCAGCAGAAGCUCUGCCAGCCCCCCUCCCCCCUCGACGUGCUCAUCAUCGACCAGCUUGGCUGCCUGGUCAUCACCGGAAACCAAUACAUUUACCAGGAGGUGUGGAACCUCUUCCAGCAGAUCAGCGUGAAGGCCAGCUCUGCCGUGUACUCGGCCACCAAAGACUACAAAGACCACGGCUACCGGCACUGCUCGCUGGCGGUGAUCAACGCCCUGGCCAACAUCGCGGCCAACGUCCAAGACGAGCACCUGGCGGACGAGCUGCUGAUGAACCUGCUGGAGCUGUUUGUGCAGCUGGGGCUGGAGGGCAAGCGGGCCAGCGAGCGGGCCAGCGAGAAGGGGCCCGCCCUGAAGGCUUCCAGCAGCGCGGGCAACCUGGGCGUCCUCAUCCCCGUGAUUGCUGUGCUCACCAGGCGGUUGCCACCCAUCAAGGAACCGAAGCCGCGGCUGCAGAAGCUCUUCCGGGACUUCUGGCUCUAUUCCGUACUGAUGGGCUUCGCUGUGGAGGGGUCAGGACUCUGGCCGGAAGAGUGGUACGAGGGGGUCUGCGAGAUAGCCACCAAGUCCCCGCUGCUCACCUUCCCCAGCAAGGAGCCCCUGCGGUCCGUGCUCCAGUACAACUCGGCCAUGAAGAACGACACGGUCACCCCGGCGGAGCUGAGCGAGCUGCGCGGCACCAUCGUCAACCUGCUGGACCCGGCCCCCGAGGUGUCUGCCCUUAUCAGCAAGCUGGACUUCGCCAUGUCCACCUACCUCCUGUCCGUCUACCGGCUGGAGUACAUGAGGGUCCUGCACUCGACCGACCCUGACCGCUUCCAGGUGAUGUUCUGCUACUUUGAGGAUAAAGCUAUUCAGAAAGACAAGUCUGGGAUGAUGCAGUGCGUGAUCGCCGUCGCCGACAAGGUGUUCGAGGCCUUCCUGAACAUGAUGGCGGAGAAGGCCAAGACCAAGGAGCACGAGGAGGAGCUGGAGCACCACGCGCAGUUCCUGCUGGUGCACUUCAACCACCUCCACAAGCGCAUCCGCAGGGUGGCCGACAGGUACCUGUCCGGGCUGGUGGACAGGUUCCCCCACUUGCUCUGGAGCGGGACGGUGCUGAAGACCAUGCUGGACACCCUGCAGACGCUGUCACUGUCUCUGAGCGCCGACAUUCACAAGGACCAGCCUUACUACGACAUCCCCGACGCCCCCUAUCGCAUCACCGUUCCCGACACCUACGAAGCCCGAGAGAGCAUCGUCAAGGACUUUGCCGCACGCUGUGGGAUGAUCCUGCAGGAGGCCAUGAAGUGGGCGCCCACCGUCACCAAGUCCCACCUACAGGAAUACCUGAACAAGCACCAGAACUGGGUGGCCGGGCUGUCACAGCACACGGGGCUGGCCAUGGCCACCGAGAGCAUCCUGAACUUCGCCGGCUACAACAGGCAGAGCACGACCCUCGGGGCGACUCAGCUCACGGAGCGGCCAGCCUGCGUGAAGAAGGACUACUCCAACUUCAUGGCGUCCCUCAACCUGCGCAACCGCUACGCGGGCGAGGUGUACGGGAUGGUCCGGUUCUCAGACGCCACCGGCCAGACGUCCGACCUGAACAAGAUGAUGGUGCAGGAGCUGAAGGCGGCGCUGGCCGCGGCUGACCCUCAGCCGUACACGCAGGCCAUGUUCAAGCUGACGGCCAUGCUCAUCAGCAGCAGAGACUGUGACCCGCAGCUCCUCCACCACCUGUGCUGGGGGCCCCUCCAGAUGUUCAACGAGCACGGCAUGGAGACCGCCCUGGCCUGCUGGGAGUGGCUGCUCGCCGGCAAGAACGGGGUGGAGGUGCCGUUCAUGCGGGAGAUGGCAGGGGCCUGGCAGAUGACAGUGGAGCAGAAGUUCGGCCUGUUUUCAGCAGAAAUAAAGGAAGCAGACCCCCUGGCUGCAUCGGAAGCCAGUCAGCCCAAACCCUGUGUCCCCGAGGUGACCCCUCACUACAUCUGGAUCGACUUCCUGGUACAGCGGUUCGAGAUCGCCAAGUACUGCAGCUCCGACCAGGUGGAGAUCUUCUCCAGCCUCCUGCAGCGGUCCAUGUCCCUGAGCAUCGGGGGCGCCACGGGGAGCAUGAACCGGCACGUGGCAGCCAUCGGGCCCCGCUUCAAGCUGCUGACCCUCGGCCUGUCGCUCCUGCACGCAGACGUGCUUCCCAACGCCACCAUCCGCAACGUGCUCCGCGAGAAGAUCUACUCCACCGCCUUCGACUACUUCAGCUGCCCCCCGAGGUUCCCCACGCAGGGGGAGAAGAGGCUGCGGGAGGACAUAAGCAUCCUGAUCCGGUUCUGGACCGCCAUGUUCUCGGACAAGAAGUACCUGACCGCCAGCCAGCUGGUGCCCCCAGAUAACCAAGACACGCGGAGCAACCUGGACAUAGCGGUGGGCUCACGCCAGCAGGCCACGCAGGGCUGGAUCAACACGUACCCGCUGUCCAGCGGCAUGUCCACCAUCUCCAAGAAGUCGGGCAUGUCCAAGAAGACCAACCGCGGCUCCCAGCUGCACAAGUACUACAUGAAGCGCCGGACGCUACUGCUGUCCCUGCUGGCCACCGAGAUCGAGCGUCUCAUCACGUGGUACAACCCGCUCUCGGCCCCGGAGCUGGAGCUGGACCAGGCCGGAGAGAGUAGCGUGGCCAACUGGAGGUCCAAGUACGUCAGCCUGAGCGAGAAGCAGUGGAAGGACAACGUGAACCUCGCCUGGAGCAUCUCCCCGCACCUGGCCGUGCAGCUGCCAGCCAGGUUCAAAAACACAGAAGCCAUCGGCAACGAGGUGACUCGUCUGGUUCGCUUGGACCCAGGGGCCGUUAGCGACAUCCCUGAAGCCAUCAAGUUCCUGGUCACCUGGCACACCAUCGACGCCGACGCCCCGGAGCUCAGCCACGUGUUGUGCUGGGCGCCCGCCGACCCGCCCACGGGCCUGUCCUACUUCUCCAGCAUGUACCCGCCGCACCCACUCACCGCACAGUACGGGGUCAAGGUCCUGCGCUCCUUCCCGCCGGACGCCAUCCUGUUCUACAUCCCCCAGAUCGUGCAGGCCCUCAGGUACGACAAGAUGGGCUACGUGCGAGAGUACAUCCUGUGGGCGGCGUCCAAGUCCCAGCUCCUGGCUCACCAGUUCAUCUGGAACAUGAAGACGAACAUCUACGUGGAUGAAGAGGGGCACCAGAGAGACCCCGACAUCGGAGACCUGCUGGAGCAGCUGGUGGAGGAGAUCACAGGCUCCCUGUCCGGCCCGGCCAAGGAUUUCUACCAGCGGGAAUUCGACUUCUUCAACAAGAUCACCAACGUGUCAGCUAUCAUCAAGCCCUACCCUAAAGGUGACGAGAGGAAAAGGGCUUGUCUUUCGGCUCUGUCUGAAGUGAAGGUGCAGCCUGGCUGCUACCUGCCCAGCAACCCUGAGGCCAUCGUGCUGGACAUCGACUACAAGUCCGGAACGCCCAUGCAGAGUGCUGCAAAGGCACCCUAUCUGGCUAAGUUCAAGGUGAAACGAUGCGGAGUGAGUGAACUUGAGAAGGAAGGGCUGCGCUGCCGCGCCGACUCCCAGGAGGAGGGCAGCGCGCCGGAGGCCGACGGCCAGCGCGUCUCCUGGCAGGCGGCCAUCUUCAAAGUGGGAGACGACUGCCGGCAGGACAUGCUGGCCUUGCAGAUCAUCGACCUCUUCAAAAACAUCUUCCAGCUGGUCGGCCUGGACCUCUUCGUGUUCCCGUACCGCGUGGUGGCCACCGCCCCUGGGUGCGGGGUGAUCGAGUGCAUCCCCGACUGCACCUCUCGGGACCAGCUGGGCCGCCAGACAGACUUCGGCAUGUAUGACUACUUCACGCGCCAGUACGGGGACGAGUCCACGCUGGCCUUCCAGCAGGCUCGCUACAACUUCAUCCGCAGCAUGGCCGCCUACAGCCUGCUGCUGUUCCUGCUGCAGAUCAAGGACCGGCACAACGGCAACAUCAUGCUGGACAAGAAGGGCCACAUCAUCCACAUCGACUUCGGCUUCAUGUUUGAAAGCUCCCCGGGCGGCAACCUCGGCUGGGAGCCGGACAUCAAGCUGACAGACGAGAUGGUGAUGAUCAUGGGCGGCAAGAUGGAGGCCACGCCCUUCAAGUGGUUCAUGGAGAUGUGUGUGCGCGGCUACCUGGCCGUCCGGCCCUACAUGGACGCCGUCGUCUCUCUGGUCACCCUCAUGCUGGACACGGGCCUGCCCUGCUUCCGUGGCCAGACAAUCAAGCUCUUGAAGCACAGGUUCAGCCCCAACAUGACGGAGCGAGAGGCCGCCAGUUUCAUUGUGAAGGUCAUUCAGAGCUGCUUCCUCAGCAACAGGAGCCGGACCUACGACAUGAUCCAGUACUAUCAGAACGACAUCCCCUACUGAGGGCCGAGGGGCCGCCAUCCCAGCACCUCGGGCGCGUCCCUGCCCGCCCCUGCGCCCGGCCCGCUGUUUCAUCCCGUGGACAAACGGACCAGCAACGCCCCUGCAGAGCCCGGCAUCCCGAGGCGUCGCCCCCGCGGCCGUGUGGCCGGAACGACAAUCAGAGCCGGUCUCUGCCUGGGCGUGACCUCUGCUUGCACUGCACACAUUCCCUCCUUGUCUUGUCUCAGAGGUACAUGAAGUAUUUUCUUGUGUAUAAAAUACAGAAAAAUUAUAAUAUUCACCGAACAUGAACAAAAUAAAAACAAAAACACUGCACUGGAAGCUGAUUUAGUGUCGGAUCCAGUGCACAUUCUGCUGGGGUGGGGGCGCCCCGGCGGCUGGGCUGUGAGCGUCACAGAGACGGCCCAGCACAGCACAGAGGUACCAGCAGCUCAGGGUUCCCACAGAGGCCAGCGGCCGCCUGUCUCCUCCGCAGGCGUCACUCCGCGUCCUGUCUCUGCCCCGGGCCUUGCCGGUGUCCCCCUCGACCAUCCUCGGGCACUCUGCUCCGACACCACCAUCCUCGUGCAGCAACCUCCCCAGGGCAUCCAUCCCCACCCACGUGACCCUCCGAAGACCCAGAACUAAGAACACCAUGGCAGCAUAUUCACACGAGAGAUUGGUUACACAGCAGGGAAGACAGAGGUGACGACACAACCACGCAAUGAAAGGCAGGGCGGUGAAACUACCAACAACGAGGUGUAAAAGAGGGAGAACUGAGACAGCCCAGCCACCCCGCCGGGAUUCCAGAGUUGGUGAAAAAGACACACUAGCUGCAGGAAGCACAGGAUAAAUAAAAAGAAGCAGCCAGUAUGUAAGCUAAAAGAACUUUUUAAAACAUUACAUUAAUCCAGAAGAGGGCAGGAAAGGAAGAAAACAAGAAGUAACACGGGACAAAGACGUCACACAGUGGCAGAUGACUGACAGUCCCCCAACACCAUUCAUUCUGUUACGUGUCAGUGAACUGAGCGCUCCGAUUAGGAGGCAAGAAUUACAAACAUGGAAACGUGAGACCCAAUUACACACUGACAAGAAGAAGUGCGCUUUAGAGGCACAGACCUGACGCCAAAGUAGAGGAGAAAAGAUUUAUCAACAUCGCGUGUGUGUUUCCGAAGCAAAAUCUGACAGAAUUCAGGGGAGAAAUAAACUAACAGAGUUGGAAAUUUUAACACACUUCUCUGCACAAGUGAUAGAAAAACUGGCAAGAAAGUUGGUGAACACAGGACACCGUCUCCCAUGUUGCCCCGACGUCCCUGUCCACCACCUCAGGCUGACCCCACAGAACUGUGAGGAGUCUCUGAGACACCUGGAAGAACGCUAAACAUCUAGGGGUUGAAAGAGUGGAGCUGAAACACCAGACGACCCACGUAAGAGCCGAGGGCGUGGUCCCAGUUAUACGCCUUAAGGCCGUGUUUGCUGGGGGCGGGGGCAGAGGUGAGCCUGUUCAGGUGGAAAGGAAACCAGAGUAUAGGGUGUGGCUUCCAGAAAGAUGGAACAGAAGACCGGGACGGGGGGCACAGGAAGAACGCACCAUAAAAUGUGGAAAUACACUCGAACACAGCAGACCUGAUUUCAAACCACAACCCCUGGAAAGGACGCCUGUCGAGUUGGCUGCAACAUGAAAGUCAGUUGGAUGCCACGUCCGAGACUCGGCAACAUGGCAAAGCUUACGUCUGGAGAAGUCAGUGCUGCUUACAGUACUGGGUGGACGGUCUAAACGCCCGAGCUGCCGAGCAGAUGGGUCUCGCUAGAGACUCAGAACCAAAUGUAAAAUCUUAAGAACAAGUUCCUCUUCCGAUGAUGCAGGAAACAGAAGAGCAACCCAAGAGCCUGGCCCUUUGAGGAGGUUUUGGGGAAGCCUGGUCUAUACUCAGGACGGCGUGUACCCGAAACACCGCUCCCUUGACGUGAGUGCAAAAAAAUCCAGAACGCUUAAAGGUGAUACACUGACAGCUGUCCUGCUAGACAACACUGUGUCUGUCACCACCUUGUUCAGCACCGGGGGUGUCACGGGUCUGGUCAGGCCACAAAAGGAAACAGUGUAAGACUCUGGAGAGGAGAAAUAAAACCCAGAAAUGGCCUUCGUGAACAUAAAAAUCCAAAAGCUGAAUAUAUUCUAUAGCCAAGGUUCAGGAUAUAGGUUAAUAUUACAGAAGUCAAGUUGUGUGUGUGUGUGUG